AUGUUGAUAAAGUUCAAGGGUAUUAAAGAGGAAACGGCGUUUCGUGGACUUCCCUCCGCUGGUCUCUUCAGUGUGUUUGCUUCUUUCUGCCCUCCAAGCAAGGAUCAGAGAAAUGUGGAUGGGUUCAUAGUUAAUAACAAAUCUAGGCAGUAUCAAUUCCUUGAGCUUCUGGAUGCAAUUUCUGAUGAAUCUUUGGAGGAGGAUAAAUCUUCGCCGUUUAGAGUGGAUAAUAUUACGAACCUGAUAUACCUUUUCGAAGAUACUCUGAAAAAGGAAUCAGAAGAGAGGGCAUGCAACGACUCGAGUCUCGGCCGAUCCGAAUGGAUUGAUUGCAUUGUUAAUCACAACGGUUCUAUGGAAAGAGUAAAUGCGACCUUCUUGAAACUGCAACGGCAAUUAAACCUGAGGAACGAUCUCAUUAGCAGUAUUGUCACGGUUUCAGAGUCUCUGAUGAUUUUCGAGGAUAAUGAGGAUAGAGGUGGAGCUUUGGCGAAUUUUAUCAGAAUUCUGAGCUAUCUCAUUUGUGGAGAGGAGCGCUCGGAUAAUAUCGAUCGUACAGAUGGCGUAGAAAUAAGCAAUGACCAAAAACAUCGUCUCGAAAUACUUGAAGCGAUGUUACAAGGGAACGCGAAAAUUCUCUACGCUCCCAGUGUUACAAUUGUCGACGACGUUAUCUCGGAAGUUAACAAGUCAUUGGAUGCGGUCAAUGAAUUGCAACAUUUCGCAGCAAAAGUGGCUCAGCUCCUAACAGGACAUGCUUCUGAUUCUGAGAAUAUGACGUUGGUAAGUGCACUGUUGUUUAGCAGAUUGUAA